ACGCCCAGAUAUUGACACGCCCACAAAAUGGCGGCUGGACUGAGGUGGUAUGUUAGUCUCUCUAGAUGGAAAACUAUAACAGAAGACUGGAAUGUUGCUAUGUCCCUCAUACAACCUGAAGAAAGUGAGAGAAUCAAUCAAUUUGUCUUUAAAGAGGAUGCUUCUCUCUCUUUGAUUGGUCGACUUUUGUUACGAGCAGGGACGGCUAAAAGAACGGGCGCAACAAACAAUGAGAUCAAUUUUGAUAGAACGGAGAGGGGGAAACCAUAUUUGGUGGAGCCUUCAUUGGGUGGGUGUGGUUUAGAUCUUAACGUGUCUCAUCAAGGAGAUUAUGCUGUACUAGCUGGAGAGGAGGGAAUGAGAGUUGGAGUUGAUGUUAUGGAUUGCACACGACCUAGAGGUAUAGCGUCUCUUGAUCAGUUCUUUACUACAAUGAGACGACAGUUUACUGAGAGGGAGUGGCACCAGAUUAGGUCACCAAGUAGCGAAGAGGAUAAACUCAAACUCUUUUAUCGCUUCUGGUGUCUCAAAGAGAGUUACAUUAAAGCAACAGGGAUUGGUCUUUCUCACGGUCUUCAGAGGCUGGAAUUCACCCUUGACCCCUCGUCACCAUGGAAAUAUGGAGCAGAUACUCCUUCCUGUAGCAGUACUGUAUUGUCUGUUGAUGGCAUAGAGCAAACUCAAUGGAGCUUUGAGGAAAGCUUUAUCGAUCGCAAACAUUGUGUUGCUGUGGCAAUAGAAGGGACUUGUCAUUCGGGCUCAUUUAUAGAAGUCACAGUACCUAAACUAUUAGAAAGUUUAGCAGUGGAUAUUAACAUGAUUGAUCCCAACCACUGGGAACUGCAGAAAAAGCGUCCAUCUAAAAACGUAUCAUGUUUAAAUAGUGAUAAUGGAUGAUAGUGAAAGAAACAAAAACAAGACUAAUAACACAUUCAUAAUUAUUAUUAUUUAAUUUUUUUAAAAUUAAAAUUCACUCUUGCCAAACUACUUAUCCUAA